AUCCCCCUCAACUCUCCCUUCCCCACCCUCCUUCCCUCGCCGCGGCUCGCCUUUCGGACCGAAGGACGACUCUAUCCCGGAGACAGCCCCCCCAAAGUGGCCCAGACGCCCCAGCCGAGCUCCAGAGGCCCUUGAUGUACACCUCGGUACACAAGCAUAAGCAGUACUCUAAUGGACGUAGACAGCACAAUUUCCAGUGGGCGUUCAACUCCAGCAAUGAUGAAUGGACAAGGGAGCACUACAUCUUCAAGCAAACAUAUUGCCUAUAAUUGUUGUUGGGACCAGUGCCAGGCGUGCUUCAACUCUAGCCCAGACCUGGCAGACCACAUCCGUUCCAUACACGUAGAUGGUCAGCGCGGAGGGGUGUUCGUUUGCCUGUGGAAAGGCUGUAAGGUGUAUAACACUCCGUCAACCAGUCAGAGUUGGCUGCAGCGGCACAUGCUGACGCACAGUGGGGACAAACCUUUCAAGUGUGUAGUUGGUGGCUGCAAUGCCAGCUUUGCUUCUCAGGGAGGGCUAGCUCGCCACGUACCCACACACUUCAGUCAGCAGAACUCCUCAAAAGUUUCUAGCCAGCCAAAGGCCAAAGAAGAAUCUCCUUCUAAAGCUGGGAUGAACAAGAGGAGGAAACUAAAGAACAAAAGACGGCGCUCAUUACCACGACCACAUGAUUUCUUCGAUGCACAAACACUGGAUGCCAUAAGACAUCGAGCCAUAUGCUUUAACCUCUCGGCUCACAUAGAGAGUUUAGGGAAGGGACACAGUGUUGUUUUUCAUAGUACUGUAAUAGCUAAGAGAAAAGAGGAAUCUGGAAAGAUAAAACUUUUGCUUCAUUGGAUGCCUGAAGACAUUCUGCCAGAUGUGUGGGUGAACGAAAGUGAACGACACCAGUUAAAAACUAAAGUAGUUCAUUUAUCAAAGCUACCCAAAGACACUGCCUUGCUGUUGGACCCAAACAUUUACAGAACAAUGCCGCAGAAGAGGUUGAAGAGAACUCUGAUAAGAAAAAUGUUCAAUUUGUAUUUAAGCAAACAGUGAACGACAUUUGCAAUCAACUAAAAAUUCAUCUAUCGAAUUAGGUCUGAGAAUUACUGUUACAGAGUGUUGCCGUAUGUCUGUUGGCUCCCUUUUCAGGACUAGGGUCUUUUAUGGGGUACAGUGUGUUAUAUUUACUUACAUAACUACUCUUGUCAAUGGUUUUUGAAAAAAACCUCAACUUAAAUAUUUGAAUAAUCUUCAUAUUUUCAUUUAACCUGUGACUUAAUUUUUUUCCUGAGGAAAGUGUUGGUUUUUUAAUUUUUUUCUUAAUGUAAAAAAAAAAAAAGUAUUUUUUUUAAAGUAUCUUCAAACCGAAUCUUUUAUGCACCAAAGUUGGUUUUGAAAAGGAAAAUAAAAUCACAUUCUUGCUUGGCACGCAAGAAGCCAUAUGGAAUUUUUUUAACUUUACAGAAAUGGAAAUAUGUGUAAUUUGUCAGUACUGUAUCAAACAAAUGUCGAAUAGAGAUAAUAGAGCGUUGCUUGUAAAUAAUUCAGCAGAUUUGUAAUAUAUUUUUCUAUUAUGAAAUGUACUGUAGAUGUUUUCUAGAGGCAUGAAAGUCAAUGUAUAUAUUAUGGUAGAACUAAUAUUGACGGGAAUUGUAACUCACUAGUGCUGCCAGAGGGAUUGCUAACAAAGCACCUUUAACCAGAGAUGUCUUUGCGGACUGAAGGGAUUGUGUACUACUGUUAAUGUCUAAGAACAAAGCAUUGGACAUCCUUCCAGAAAGUCUCUGAGGGAGGACUUAGCCCCAAGACCUCUGACCGUGACUAAGGUGGCCGCUCCUCACUGUGGGGGCACAUAGUAAAGCCGUGCUGCGCAGUCAGACUGCACGCAGUCAGACUGCAGAGAGAAAACACUCCUACAAGGACAGGAAAACCAGCAGUUUUUACACUCAAUUUUUUAAAGAAAGGUAGAUAAAAUUAAACCUUUGGUUCCAAAAUGGGAAAGCUUCCAUGAUGCAUAGAUCAUUACUCAUUUGCUUAAAAAAGAAAAACCACACACACAAAAGUUAGAGUAUUGAGGCUUGAACAGGGCAGGGGGUAAAGAGGUAGAGAUGGAAUGAACGCAUCAUCGACGCUGAGGGACGAAGGCAAAGCCCUGCCUGCCUGAGAGGACCUUCUGGAACGGUCGUCUGCUGUGCUCUGUAGCAAACGGGAGUCUAUUUUCAAAGAAGAAAAGCAGUGUGUUCUUACUAUGAUUUUAUCUUUUGCUUAAGCACUUCAUCGUUUGUUCCAUUCUGUAUCUGCCAAGUACCCCACAAUCUCCUUUGUUCCUUUUUGAAUUUUGGUUUGUUAUAACAUUGCCAAAUAGAAGUGUUUCAGACAUAGAGUUUGUACCUGUAUUUUUAUUUUACUGUCUCAUGUUCUUGUAAGUCAUUCUUAAUUGACCGAUGAUUGUAGACUUUGCUUGAGUAUUUUUUCUAAUAAAACAAAGCAAAUCACAUUUA